AUGGCUGAGAAGAAGAUCGAGCCCCCUCAUUAUGAGGAGACGCUUCAAACGGCCGGGGUGCCUAGCGCGGCGGCCGCUCGUCGCCUAGCUACCGGUACUAAUCUCGUCGAGAACCCUUUGAUGCGCGCUUCCAAAGAACAAGCCGUCGGUGAUGCCCGAAGAUUCGCCGAGUCAAACGGUAUGCAAGAAUACGUCGACCUGUUUGGUCGAGCUGCCAUCAUCGCUCGUGACUCAAAAGCAUUUGAGGAGAGUGCGAGUGAAUUUCUCGAAGACGAGAGGGCAGCGCUGGCAUACGAGCGAGAUCAUAAAUGGCACGGUCCAAAGAUGCUCUGGUACUCUAUCGGGUUGUGCGCGAUAGGAGCUGCCACCCAGGGCUGGGAUCAGACAGGAGCAAACGGAGCCAACUUGUCUUUUCCGCAGGAGUUUGGGUUGACUGGAGAGGGACAUGAUGAGUGGAUUGUUGGAUUGAUCAACUCAAUCAUUUUCUUGACGGCUGGCUUGAUUGGCGCAUUCAUUGUCGAUCCACUGAAUCAUUACCUGGGACGACGAGGCGAGAUCUUUGUCACUGCGCUGUGUCUGACCGCCACCCCAAUCUCGUCCGGCUUCGCGCGAAACUGGCACGAUCUUUUUAUUUCACGGUUUAUCAUGGGAAUUGGCAUUGGCGCGAAGAACGCGACGGUACCUAUCUACUCGGCUGAGAUGGCUCCUGCUCGAACUCGCGGUGCUCUUGUUAUGUUCUGGCAGCUCUGGGUCGUGGCUGGAAUUUUCCUCGGUCUCUGCGCGAACAUCAUUGUCAAGGACACGGGUGAUAUCGCCUGGCGUCUUCAAUUUGGCUCAGCAUUCAUUCCAUCGUUCAUUCUUGGCCUUGGGAUCUUCUUCUGUCCCGAGUCCCCCCGUUGGCUUAUGAAGCAUGGCAAGCACGCCAAGGGCUUCCGGUCUAUGAUGCGCCUCCGGGCUCAUCCUAUCAUUGCCGCGAGAGAUUUCUACUACUCGUAUGUUAUCUACGAGGAGGAACUGAAGGAGGCACGGGGCGCGGGAUACUUUGCCCGUAUGUGGGAUUGCUUCGCUGUUCCGCGAAUUCGACGCGCCAACUACGGAGCCUCAACUGUCAUGAUUGCGCAGCAGAUGUGUGGUAUUAAUAUCAUCUCGUUCUUUAGUUCUUCUAUCUUUACCGAUGCCGGCUACUCGGAUGAUGAAGCUCUAUACGCUUCUCUUGGCUAUGGUGCGAUUCAGGUCAUUUUCACCAUCCCGACUCUAUUCCUUAUUGAUACCAAGGGUCGACGAACUCUGUGUUUGAUCACCUUCCCGCUCAUGUUCCUAUUCCUGCUCGCUGCUGGCUUGUCUCUUCUAAGCCCGGAAACACCCAAGUCGGCACACGUCGCCCCGAUUGUCCUAUUCGUCUACUUGUUCACAAUCUGCUACUCACUGGGCGAGGGCCCAGUCGCCUUCCAAUACUCCGCUGAGGUCUUCCCCACCAUCCAACGUGAGCAAGGAAUGGCCUGGGCCGUUUGCAUCAACAACACAUUCGCUGGUGUGCUGGGCCUAACCUGGUUCCGAAUGCGAACGGUCAUGACACAAACCGGUGCAUUCGGUUUCUAUGCCGGACUAAAUCUCCUCGCCUGGCUCAUGAUCUUCUUCUUCGUCAGAGAAACAAAGCAACUAACUCUAGAAGAACUGGACCAGGUCUUCUCCGUCCCGACGAAGCAGUUCAUCAAGCACGAGACUACCGUCUGGCUUCCCUACUUUAUUAGGCGACACAUUUUCCGCCAGAAUAUUCCGAAGCCGCCGCCUAUCAUCGCGACGAGUGAUCAGGUUCAGGAUGUUACUGCUUGA